AUGCAACCUCAAAAAAGUAUAGAAGAGCAAGAAUCAACAUCGACUAGGGAAAAAGAGGGCAGUCCACCACAGUUAUCUUCGAUUUUCGAUCGUAUGUCAACAACCUCUCACGCAGUCAAUCGAAUCACAACCUCAAGGACGGAGGAGACUGUUACCGAGCGUCCAACGACAGUUUUCGAAAGUUUACAAAUGCUUACCCGAAUGGCACCGCAACCAGAAGAGCAUGUGAAGAGGAAAAAAGCAAGGAUUCAUUUUAAUGAGAGAGGCUUAUAUUCUGACAACUAUGGGAUUCCACAAACCCCAGAAGACACACGAAGCAGAUGGAAUCCACAACCUCAAUUUCCGUUACCAGGCAUGAACACGUUACCAUUAUUUUCAUAUGUACCCAGUCCAGUGUUCCCACCAGCCGUUAUAAAUGAAGAGCCUAUGACUGAUGACGAACUGAUUAAGAUGAAAGGUCCUUCUCGUCUCAUUGGAUUCCUGGUGCACAUCGCUAUGAAUGAAAGAGCAAGGCGAGCUCUUCGAUGGACAGGCAACGGUUUGGAAUUCGUUCUCGUGAAUAAGGAGUUGGUAGCAAAGAUGUGGGGAAAUAGAAAACACAACACAAAGGAUAUGGACUAUUAUAAACUUUCACGGGCAAUUCGAGAGAAAUAUGACAAGAAAAAUACAUCAAAUUCAAAGGCAGGAAAACUUAAGAAAGGAACUAGGACAUACUCUUAUGUGUUUACGGAGAAUGCCUACUCUGAUCUUAUCAACCAGACCGAGAAAUCGAUUGAAUUCAUCACAAACUUUGCGAUGCAAGUUGGGCACAAAUACCUCGAUAACUCAGACCUUAACAAUUCUAACUCUCCACAGGCACCCAGUCCAUUGAAUAGUGAUUAG